AUGACCUCGGUGUCUAACCCGCUCAGUCAGCCGGCGCGCACACCCGACCAGCAAGUGAACGCGCUGCUGGAGUUCAAGGCGGCCCUGACGGACGACGAGGGCGUGCUGCAGAACUGGAGGAACGGCUCGGAUCCCUGCCUGGAUGGCUGGGACGGCGUAGGGUGCAACUGCACGGAGAGAGGGCCCGACGGGCUGCCGCGCUCGCCUUUCUGCGUGGAUAGGGACGCCAACGGCACCGACCCGAUGGUGCUGGAGCUGACCCUGGGGGCCUCUAACCGGGAGGCGAUGCUGAAUGGCAUGAUCUCGCCCGCCCUGGGCAACCUGACAGAGCUUUGGAAGCUGGACCUGUCUGGCCAGGCGCUCACGGGCACGAUACCCGACGCCCUUGUGAACUUGAAGAACCUGGCCUUCCUGUCCCUGCGCUCGAAUCAGCUGACUGGCACCCUACCGGCCUUUCUGUCGGAGUUUGAGCUCUUGACGGAGGUGCUGUUGGGUCAGAACGAGUUCGUGGGCGCCGUGCCUGCAAGCUGGUGUGACCAGGCGGGGAACCGGUCGGAGACGCCGGGGUUCAGGGAUAGAAUCAGUCUGGAGGGGAACCUGGGGCUGUGUGGCAAACUGCCGGACUGCUUUAACGAAACUUCACUGCGAUUUGCGGACACCAACCUGCAGUUGAGAGACGGGAUGGGAGGUGUGUGCGACCAGACACCGCCUGUGUGCGAUGAGGCUGAAAUCAUUGUUCCAAAGUUUUGGACCAAUGCGAGCCAGAUAACGUUCAACUUCACAGGUUGCAAAGACGAUGAGAGUGGCAUUUCAGAGGAGACGUUCAGCGUCCAGCGUUCAGGGUCGCCCGAGGAUGAGAAGGGGGGUCUGGUCAAAAAUGAGUCCUUGCCGGAACCAGUGGUUGAGGAAAUGAAAGAAGGGCGCAAGGUUAGGAUGUUUGUGUUUAACUUGACAGAAGUUGAGCUGAAGGAUGGCAGCCACUUCAUUGUGAUAGUGACUUCUGCCAACAAGGCACAAACUAUUGGUGAAGAUCGCACCGACCUGGUGGAUUUAAAUGUGACCAUGGCAUUUGACCGAGAGGACUUGAUGAUCUUUGCCUCUUUGUUCGAGCAGAAUGUGACGGUUCCAGCCAUCCCUGAGGGGGAUAGUUAUGUUGUGGAAGUGUUGGCAAGAAAUGAGGCCGGUUUGGAGGACCAAGCCACAGCCACUAUUGCAGUGGUUCCCAACGUCAUCGGAGGGACUGAGCGCUCCAGAAGAACGAUGGGCAACUUGCAGCAGUCAGCCUUACAGUGCAGGGUCGAGAUGCUGAAGGAUCUGAUGGAUGGGCUGCUCGAUGUUUCAUCCGAGACAGGAAGAAACAGGAGAAUUAUCCGUGAGCCGAUCGAGCAAAGCCAAUUUGAGAUUCGGGACGUCGCGUUUGUGGUGACUGACCUAGAAGCUCCCUCAGCCAUGGCCCUCCACCCUCGGACUGUGUUCAACAAGAUGCUGGAUGAACAAAACUCCAUAAUCCGGGAGCUUCCUGAGCAGGAGAACGGGUAUGAGACAGGCACAGAGGCUGACUCCCAGAUCGCUGUCGCUGGCAUUGUUGAUGCUGUAGUGUUCAGCAUGAAUGUCCGGCACAGGUUUUUGCAGCACAAGUGGACCAUUGAGAUGUUCAAACUUCCCUGUUGCAACACUGAAAUGUCAGCAGUUGGGAAAUUGGUGUUCAAGCCCCCCUGUGCCAGGAUGGGCUUGGACUGGGCGUCGGAUGGCACGGACAUGACGAGGAUACACCCUGUGACCAAGCAACAUGUUUUUGCUGGUCUAGCAUUAGAGGUGGCCAAAAUGCUAGGAAAUGCAGCCAGCGAUGGCCAGGUUCUGAUGACAAACGACACCUGGAAAGAGCUGCAGCCCCUGAUGAAAUAUGCAGAAUCCCCCACCGUGGAGCGGGUUGGCCUUUUCUACUUGCCCAAGUGGCCGAUACCUGUCUGGCUGUAA